CUGUGGCUACACUUGAACCGUUCGACUCCAAAGUUGUGCCCAGAGAAAACCCUAAACUGGUUCAGGAAAAAGAAUAGUCCAUGAGGCGGUUACGGUAACGGACUUUCCAAACACGUCCUAAAUAGCACCGACGCCAAAACCCUACACGCUUCACUGGACCGGAACCAAGAAACCCUAAAAGUGCGAAGUCGAUAGGCGAUCGCCAUGGCCUGCGGCGCCGGAAAUUGUCAGUCCGGUUGCUUCCGGGACGACGACGACUCGGUCGUGACGGAGAAGAAGAAGUUAACCAAUGGGACUCUUUCAAGUGGCAGCAAUCUCGACCUUCCCAAUCACCAUAAUAUCUGCCUCAAGUGCAAGGUGAAGGAGACCCUCGCCUCCUCCGGCACCGUCUCGUUCGACGGGGACAUUGGCCGAUUUUGCUUCGAUUGCUUCCGCGGCAAUCUAUUCGGAAAGUUCAAACUCGCCGUCACCUCCAACGCUAUGAUUUCCCCGACGGAUAACGUUCUUGUCGCCUUCUCCGGCGGUCCUUCUUCCAGGGUGGCGUUACAAUUUGUACAUGAGAUGCAGCAAAAAGCGCAGAAGAAUUUUGACGCAAGUAGAGAUAGAUCAUUGCCUGUAUUUGGUGUUGGCGUUGCUUUUGUCGAUGAAAGUGCAGUUUCUCGGAUUCCUUCCGAUGAAUUUGACAAAGCAAUUCAAGAUAUGAAAUCGAUUGUUUCAAAUUUAGCUCCUCCAGAAAAAGCCUUUCAUGUUGUUCCCAUUGAAAGUGUAUACUCUUCAAAUGGAAGGGAUAGAUUGGAAGAGUUGCUGAAUGCUGUUAAGGACGUAACAGGGAAGGAAGAUCUUUUGCAGCAUCUGCGGAUGUUGUCAUUGCAAAAGAAUGCUUAUGAAAAUGGGUAUACCAAACUUCUUUUGGGAUCAUGCACAUCGAGGAUUGCUUGCCAUGUGAUUUCUGCAACUGUGAAGGGCCAAGGUUACUCCUUACCAGCAGAUAUACAAUAUGUUGAUGCAAGGUGGGAGAUCCCUGUAGUGCUUCCACUUCGGGACUGUCUUGCACAAGAGCUGAACAUGCUUUGUCGCCUUGAUGGUUUGAAGACCAUGGAGGUGCUUAAUAGUCCUCAUUCUGGCAUCAAUGGCUUGGUUGCAUCGUUUGUUACACUUUUGCAGGAAGAGAACCCUUCUCGAGAAUGCACGAUAGUAAGAACAGCUGGAAAGUUGACUCCAUUUCAUUUCAAUCAGAUUCCAGAAAGUGAUGACUCUAAUGCCCAUUUGGCAUCCCGACGGCGUCAAAAGAAAUUCAAUCUCAAGCCUAAUGAAUCUGUACCCCCAGAGUCAUAUUGUCCUAUCUGCAAUAGCCCACUCAGCAAAUCUGAUCAUAUAAAUUUGAGCAGUCUUGGGAGUGAUCAAACAAAUGCUGAUAUUUUUGGGGCUACUUGUUGCCCAAGUUGCCAGUUUCAGAUACUUCCCAAGGAACCCGCGUCUAUGGAGCAUUUUUAUUCCCUUCUUCCCCAGCAGUUUGUUGUUCAAGCGAAGGACAGAAGCUUUAGUAUGCAGAGACAGCUAAGGGAGCAAAUACAAGAUUUCCUGCUAUCCGAUAGCGAAGAUGGAACCUGAACUCAAAACUCUAAGGCUUGUCCCAUUUCGGAUGUAGGUUUUCUUCUACGUGGAAGCUUCCGAAAGAUGGUGAUGCUUGUACCUACAACUGUUAGAAACACGUCGCAUUUGGAGGCUUCCAUUCUUGCAGAUUAUGUUGUGAUUUUUUUUUUUCAAAUUAUUAAUGUGACAGAUAUAAGGAGUUUCUUGAUUUAUAGAAAGUGUUGCAGAUAUAGAAAGCUGGGAAUUCUCCUGAGUUACCAAGAUGAACAUUGCCUUUAUCUUACCUCGAGCAUGCAAUGAAAAAGGGAAGAAAAAUUGUUGGAGUUUGUAUAGUGUUGAACCCUGAAUCCCCCAUUCGACAACCUCACCUUUUGUCGCAACCUGAUUGAAAUAACACUCCCUACAUGUAUUUAAGCUUUUGGGUGUCACAGUGUAAUGGGUAUAUUAAGGAGGUUGAGAUAUGUCAAGGUGUCGGAGUGUGAUUGGUUUGUUGUGCUGCUGCUUGAAGCUGUUCAAGACCCGUGACAUGAGCUAGACUUCGUCGCUAAAGUUUCAUAUCUUACAGCAUAUAUCUUAAAAGCAUAUGAAAAUCUCUCACCGACUUUUUCAACUGCCCCUCUCC